AUGUGCGGCCAAACCAUUCGCGAGAACUGCACGUACUUCGUGAAUCCGGGCUACCCGGGUCCCUUCGACGGGACGGGCUCGUGCCAGCUGACGAUUCAGAAGAGCCACCCGGACAUCUGCCAGUUCCGCCUGGACUUCGACACGAUGACCAUCGCCGGGCCCGAGCCGGUGAACAACGUGUGCACCAACGACCAGUUCAUCGUGUCGGGCGGCAACCCGGUGCCCGCCAUCUGCGGGAUCAACAACGGCAACCACAUGAACAACCGCACGCACGCGUUCACGCUGUCGGACAACACGCUGAGCCGCGAGGCGACGGUGAGCUCGCGCGUCAGUUCCAUGGGCGCCUUCUCGUGCAACAACGACUGGCUGGGCGUGCCGUGCGCCUCCAACGUGGGCCGGCGCAACACCAGCACCUGCGUCGACCGCAUCUGCGGAGGCACCCUCAACGCCGACGUCUCCACCGUGCCCUCCGCCAUCUACAGCACGGUGAAACCGUUCCGUCUGUCGUUCCACACGGACGCGCUGGAAGCGCCAGCGGACGUGGGCAACCGCGGUUUCUGCUUGAACUACGUGCAGCAGCCCUGCACCAACAACCUGUGAUGGCGCUGGGGGGCGGUGUUCGCGAGCAGGCGGCAAACGCGCCCAAGGAAUCGCACCCGCCCACGCCCUGCGCCGCCCCGCGCCCCCGCGG